UAAAAACGAUAUUAAAACUGCCAUUUAAUUCGAUCGAUUUUUUGUGUGCGAGUCAUAUCACCCUCGCUUACUUUCCCUGCAGCCUUCAUAUUGAUUUAGGUUUGCAACUGUUGUUUACAUCUGAAUCCAUUCAAUAUUUCAGAUUUCGCUCUAGGACCUAUAUUUUUAAAUGAAUAUAAAAGAAAUUAUCAACAAAUAUACUCUAAUGAUGCCCAAUUAUUGAAAAAAAGCUCAGAAAACGACUAAUUUCAUUUCCCUGAAAAUAUAAGCUUUAAUAAGAUAAGCGACAUAGCGGCAACAUUCGUCGAUAGAUGGCGGGCUUGUAAUGCAGUAUUCUUAUGUUUUCUGUUUGUGUUCUAAAACGAGAACCAAAACAAAAACACUGAAAAUGAAACACGAAAUUAAAAUACCGAAAUUUAUAUUAGAAGACUUUGCGAUUGAUUAUUGUUCGUCGAACGAUGAUGUUCUAGUACUUAGAACAAAUACUAUAAAUACAGAUCAGGAGGCAUAUGAUUUCGUGAAGAUGUUUGGAAAUAUGACUGGGAGUCAAUAUAUUCUUAAUUUUACUAACCCUAACCCAACUCGGAUUGUUUACCAUACUAGUUGGAUUUGCCGAUUUUCUAAAAGAAAUAAGAUGCCUGGAUCUAAAAAUAAUAAAAACUGUGGAGCAACUUUAAGUUACAAGAUCAAAAAAAUUUGUCGUUCGGGAUUUACAGAUCCUUUCAUGAGCGAAGUACCCCCCAAACCUGGGGUCUUGAAAAUAAAGCUUAUACACUCCCAUCGUUUGGAACCUCCAGAAGAUAUAGACUGGAUGAUAUGGUCUCAAGAGCUCAAGAAACCAGUAGAAGAACCUAGCGAUGAUGGCAGUAGUUCUAUCGACAGCAAAGUGAUCAAAGAAGAAAUAGACUCUGAGACUGAAUUACCAAAUAUAUAUCAACUACCUCUAAAAAGGAAAUCAUACCACCCACUGACACGCAUGGGCCGCCCACCACACGCUACACAUCGUGCUAGAGACACACUUGAAACCUCCCACUCAAUUACCUAUAAAAGUGAUUACCAAACUUCCAUGGAUGCAUUUCCAACUGAUCCUGCCUCCGAAAAAUUUCCAUACGUCCCCGUUUCUGAAGGAUCAUCACUUGUCCCUGUAUCUGAAGGAUCAUCACAUGCUCCUGUUUCUGAGGGAUACUCACGUGUCCCUGUUUCUGAGGGACACUCACAUGCUCCUGUUUCUGAAGGAUCCUCGCAUGUUCCUGUUUCGGCUGGAUCUCCACUAGUUCCUAUCCCUAACAGUUCCGAGGCUAAUAAAUCUGAAUCAACUUCAGAUCAACCACCAGCAGUAAACGUAUUUAUCUUUCAGGUAAAUUCCGGAGCCUCACCACUAAUACCUAAUUUUGAAAUCAAACCAAGAACCAUUCCAAUAAUGCCUAAACCUGAAACUAUUCCACAAACAACAAAUUGUGACAUCAAAUCAGGAACACCAAAUUUCGCAUUAAAAAAGUUACCUUUUGGACAAAAGGUGCUGCCACCCACCUUCAGUUACAUGUCUUCUCAAGAAUUAAACAACACUUCAUUACGUGGAGUAAAAAUACCUAAAAUGCUAUAUGUAAAUCAAUCUGGCACAGCACCACAAAAUAUCGCCAAGACAGAAUCAUCGAUUCCACAUCCUAUAUUCCUGACGAAUAGGAAUGCCAUAGCAAUUGCACCAAAGCCCGAUGAAUUUAUUUUACCCGUCAUAUCGACAGUCACAUCUGAAAAGACGGGUGAAUCUAUGAGCGGAAGUUUUUCAACAGCAUUCAAUACACUGGAUCCAAAUACAACUAACACUUCGGAUUUCUCUAAGACGGAAGAUUCCAAAAACAAACAUCAACCAGCUGAAAAUUCUACAUUAGCAAAACCAAUCCGAAAUCCAAAAUUUGAAGACCUGGAAAUUUUUAAAAGUACUUCAAAUAAAUCCCAGGAUGUAAGUUCACUUGAAAUAGACGGCGAACACUAUAUUCCUAAGGAGAUGGACAGUCUGGACAUUUAUGGUCUGCAUGUCGCCGAGCGACUGCGAAAGUUGGAACAGAAGACAAGAGAGUUUGUGCAAAAAUCAAUCGACGGUCUUCUGUUUGAUGCGGAAAUAGGUUUGGGUGAUUUUCCCUUCGAAAUCUCUCAGUGCAGUAAGUCUUCGUUAGACUCACCAUCGACCCUUGAUGAGAAGUCUGAAAUAUUUGACAGUGAGUCUACUUGGUCAGCAUUAUCUGAUCAAGCAUAAGACCUGCUUUUAACUGGAUUUUAAAUCAAAGCUUUGUCUGUGAUAUACUUUAUGUACCUAAUGGAUGUGAUUCACUUUUUUCUUUGGAGAAGUUCAGUAUGGACAGCCAAUAAAUUUCAAUUUUUUUAAAA